AUGUUUUUUAAAAACAAAUCAAAGUGGUUCUUGACGAUCCUAAUAGUGGCGGCAACAAGUAGUAGUAGCUUGUUUUGCAAGGCUCAAGACGAUGGUUCAGUCUCGGCAGAUGAUGAUGAUAGCAUGUCGCUCAUGUCAAGUGAUGUGACAGGAUGGACGUAUCCAGCACCCAAAGCACACGAUCCACCCGAAAGUGUCUCUGACGGCAAGCUUCACUUUGCCAUGAUCGACCCCGAAGCUUUACGAGAGAACAAAAAACACAUGCACGACUAUGAUCGCGAACUCCAGCAUGCAUUAUGGUUCCUAAAAAAGAAAGCAGACCGCUAUGUGACCAACACGACCACUUUUUCAGUGAUUGAAAAGUCGAUUGCUGUGCCCGGAAAUGAUUCGCAUGAUUACAUGUCACUUGCACGUUACUUUUGGCCCAACGAGUCGCAACCCAAUGGCAUGCCUUAUAUUCGACAUGAUGGUCGUGUCAACCCUGAGAUCGAAAAGGUGCCCGAUUAUCAGCAUUUCCGCAACCUGGUGAAGCAUGUGCAAUAUCUAUCCUUGGCAUAUCACUUUUUCGACAAUGAGACCUAUGCAGCAAAAGCAACCCAACGUAUCCACGAUUGGUUCAUUGACUCAAAAACAAGAAUGAAUCCACAUUUGCAAUACGCCUCCUUGGUCCGUGGGUACAAUACAGGCCGUGCCAAAGGUAUCAUUGAUUUCCACGUGUUGCCAGAUCUUAUGGAUUCAAUGGCUAUCCUGCAGUAUAGCAAGUCUUGGAAAGAGGGCAUGAAUCGUCACAUCCGCUAUUGGUUUGCACAAUACAUUGAAUGGCUUAUCAAGAGUCCCAAUGGCAUCUUUGAAAAAGAAUCACACAAUAACCACGGCACCUACUACGACGUACAACGAGUCGCCAUUUAUCGCUUUUUGGGGAAGAAAGAUUUGGCACAACAGGUGCUCCAGAAUGCUACAGCCUCCCGUAUUGCACAACAGAUUUUGUCAUCGGGCGAAAUGUAUCAAGAAACAGCACGUCCUUUCUCUUGGUUCUAUUCCAUCUUUAAUCUCAAAGCCUUGUUCCAACUUGCCCAUAUGGGCCGUCAAGUCGGUGUGGACUUGCAUCAAUAUAAAACAGUGGAUGGCAAAAGCAUUCGUUCAGCUGUGGAUUUCAUGCUACCUUAUGCAGCCAACGAAUCGACUUGGAACUUUUAUAACUCUGGAGGCUUUGAUUCAUCUUAUAUUUUAUCCAAUGUGCUCAAUUGGGCCUAUAUUGCCUAUGCCAAUGAAACAUACCUAGCAAUGGCAAGAAAGCUUGGUGUUGAGCAUUCUCAUCCUUACAACAUCACUCGUCUUAGUCUUCCAUGGCGUGCCCUUGGUGAUCAUUCGGAUAGGGCAAUGGAAGGAUUUCAACCUGCAUCCCCUCCUCCACCACCAAGUAAUGAUGCAUCGUCCUCUUUUUACUACACCACUCUAGUAGGUUGGAUAGCAGCUACCCUACUUGGUUUCAUCUUUACGCAAUAA